AUGUCGACUAUCAAGGUCUCUCCGGCCCAGAUCCUCAGCGAGAAAUCGCAUCAGAUCGCUGGAAAGCUCAAAAUCACCGAACACCACUUCCUCGUCCCCAAAGACUACACCAAACCCGCCUCGCCCACCAACACACUCAAGAUCUUCGCCCGUAGCGUCAAGAAACACGACACCCCAAUAAUCCCCAACAAUGACCCCGCCAAAGACCAACUCCCCUGGAUGCUCUAUCUGAACGGCGGUCCAGGCCUCGAAUGCCGUGCCCCAAACGCUUUCGCCUUCACGCACCGUAUCCUCGACGCAGGCUACCAAUUGCUCUUCCUCGAUCAGCGCGGAACGGGACUUUCGACGCCGGUCACGGCGAGCACGCUGCAGAUGCGGGGGUAUAACGACGUGCAGGCGAAGUAUCUGAAGCUGUAUCGUGCUGAUAGUAUUGUGCGGGAUUGUGAGGCGAUUCGGCAGGCGUUGACGGAGGGGUGGCCCGAGGAGAAGAAGAAGUGGAGUGUGAUGGGGCAGAGUUUUGGUGGGUUCUGUAUUGUGACUUAUCUGAGUUUCUAUCCGGAGGGCCUACGAGAAGCCUUCCUCUACGGCGGCCUGCAACCCCUGGUCAACGGCCCCGACGAAGUCUAUCGAAGACUUUAUGUCAAAGUCAAAGAACGAAACGAAGCCUACUACGCCAAAUACCCUGAAGACAUCGAAAACGUCAAAACGAUCAUGAAAUACCUCUCCCGCUUCGGCGACGGCAAGAUCAAGCUCCCCUCCGAAGGCAACCUCACACGACGACGAUUCCGAACCAUGGGCAUCGCACUGGGUAUGCAUGGCGGUCUGGACCAGAUCCACGACGUGGUGCUGCGGGCGAGUUGCGAUAUUGAGAAUUUCGGACACUUGACACGACCGACACUGAGUGCGAUUGAUUCCACGACGUCGUUUGACAAUCAUCUAAUCUAUGCUAUCUUGCACGAGCCUAUCUAUUGUUCUGGGGGUGGUGUUGCGCCGGAGUGGUCGGCUCAUCGGAUGCAGGAGGAGUUUAAAGAAUUCGACAUCGAUGGCCAUGAAGGAGGACCGAUCUAUUUCACCGGCGAGAUGGUCUUCCCUUGGAUGUUUGAGGAUUAUUCCGAGCUUCGCAAGGUUCAGGAUGUGGCGAACCGGGUCGCGUCUGACACGGAUUGGCCGCAUCUUUUCGACGAGGAACAGUUGGCGAAGAAUGAGGUUCCGGUGUAUGCUGCGAGCUAUUUGGAGGACAUGUAUGUCGACUCUGGCUUCGCCCGGGAGACGGCGAAGAAGAUCAAGGGCUGCAAGGUGUUCACGACGAAUGUCUUGUUCCACGAUGCUAUCCGGUCGAGGAUGGACGAGGUCGUGCGGGCGGCGUUCGCGUUGAGGGACGAUGUUGUUGACUGA